GGGCGAAUGGCGCAGGGUUGGGCAGGCUUCUCUGAGGAGGAGCUGAGGAGGCUAAAACAAAAUAAAGGUGACUGCCACACAGUGACUUCACACUGUCUUUUGGUGCUGUCAUAUGGGAAUUCACCAUGGCAAGAGGAAAAGAAGAUUGAAAAGUGAACCUUGGCAGUUAAAUGCUUUCACCAGUAAAUGACAUGUGUCACUUCUACUUAUAUUUUAUUUAAUAAAAAUUCAUUUGAACCACCACGCCGACUUCCUGUAAAGAAAACACGACAACAACUUCAGCGAGAAAAAGCCCUACAAGAGCAAAGCCAAAAACUUGGACUUCAAGAUGGCUCAACCUCAUUACCUCCAGAGCAAAUGCUUUCUGCCCAAAAACAGAGAAUUAGCAGUCAGAAACUGCUUUCUACGCCAACUUGCACGCCAACUUGUCCUAGCCCUGAGGCACUCACCUCUCCUGUUGGUGAUGGAAAACUACCGGAUACUGGAAGUCAACCCAGGGAAGCAGGACUUGAGAAUUCCUAUGAUGGUCAUGAAAACUUUGAGGUUCUACCUCCAAAGCCAGAUUGCAAAUUGGAGAAAAAGAAAAUGGAAUUGCAGGAGAAGUCUCGUUGGGAAGUCCUCCAACAAGAACAACGACUAAUGGAAGAGAAAAAUAAACGUAAGAAAGCUCUUUUGGCAAAAGCUAUUGCAGAAAGAUCUAAAAGAACUCAAGCAGAGACUAUGAAGCUAAAGCGGAUCCAGAAGGAGUUACAGGCUUUAGAUGACAUGGUUUCAGCUGACAUUGGAAUCCUCAGGAACCGGAUUGAUCAAGCCAGCCUAGACUAUUCAUAUGCACAGAAGCGGUUUGACAGAGCUGAAACUGAGUAUAUUACUGCAAAGCUAGAUCUACAGCGCAAGACUGAGAUAAAAGAGCAACUCACGGAACACCUUUGUACAAUCAUACAGCAGAAUGAGCUCCGCAAAGCCAAGAAGUUGGAGGAGUUGAUGCAACAGCUAGAUGUACAGCCUGAUGAGGAGUCAUUGGAACUUGAAGUGGAGGUAGAAAGGUUGCUUCGUGAACAGGAAGCAAAAGCAAGGAAGCAAAUGGUUCCUGUGGAAAGGCCUUGUCAGCCUGCUCUAGAGAUUGUGACUUCAGAGCUUGCUAAAAAGAACAAAAAGCCUCAAGAACAAGCUGUUUCCCCAAAGGUAGAGGAACAGUGUGAAAAUUCCAGUAGCCUCUCCCAUCCUAAUGCAGACUACACAAAUCAAGGAGUUAAAUGAUAUUUCAGCUGCUCUGACCUCAUGAAGUGCCAGUGUUCUUUUCAACUAAUGAUACUCAGUACAGUGUAUUUUCUGCAGUAGAUUUUACCCUGACUGCUUAUAAAAUCCUUGUAAAAACUUAAUUUUUUGAUCCAUAAUUAGUAUGUUAACAUGUUUGUAAUUUUAUACCUACGUGACAUUUCACCUUGAUUUUGGUCCAGUUCUUUCCAUGUUCCUUUAACUGUUAUUAUUUGGUUCAAAUAAAAAUGAUGGAAGAGCCUGAAGCCUUGUUCAGUUCUGAACCCCACAAAAAGAAAAAAAAUGGAAGGAAAACUACAUUGUUGGCGUGGUUUUAGACCAGGCACUUAAAACUACAGUUGAAGCAGGAUGUGGUGACACACACCUAUCAUUUCAGCACUUGGAAGACUGAGGCAGGAAGAUAGUGAGUUGAAGCCAGCCUGGGAUACCUAGCCUGAUAGCAUCUCCAAAAACAAGAAAAGAAAAAUGAUAUGCACUACCUAGGCAAACCAUUUGACUUCCCCUGGGAGAAGUAUUGAGAAUGGAAGACCUAUGUAUUUUAUAUAAUCAGUAAAAAAGGGCAUAAAAAUUAUGUGUGAAAAAGAGCUGGGUGUGAUGGUAAUCCCAGCACUUGGGAGGAUCUCAAGACUGAGUCCUACCUGGGCA